AUGGGCCCGCUGCCAAGCUUUUGGUUAGGAAAGAUACCACGGCAGCUAGGAGAUGUUCGCCGCUUGGAGAAGCUCGAACUCGUCGGGAACAAUUUGGACGGGCCGAUUCCGACGGAGGUGGUGAACCUCCGUUACUUCGACAAAUUCAACACGGGGGUUCUGGAUGCUGAAUCCUCGCGUCUCCCUACCGGGACGGUGAUGUUACAGGUUUUCUUCGGAUAUUUAGACUUGGUCUCGGACCUCUACACUGCGGUUUCCUACUACGAGUCGGGCGACUCGUUUUGGUUUACGCUCGUGCUUGCUUUUGCCCUCGGACCGGGCAUCAUCGCGUCCGUAUUUUUCCUCACCCCCACCAUAGUUCGGGUAAGGGUUCCGUGGGUACGUCGCGUCUUGGUAGCGACUCAGCUGAGCUUGCUAGUGGAAGCCUGGAGGAACGUGGCGAAGCGGAGAUUCACGCCUAUCCUAGAAGUUGUACGCCUCAUUGAGGCACUCUUCGAGUCGGUACCCCAGUUGCUGCUGCAGUUGUACGCAGCCCUGCUUCUUUGGUCGUCUCCCGAGCGAAAUGUUCUGCGUUUAGGUUCGGUGUGCAUCUCGGCGGGGAGUUUAGCGUAUAACGCAACCGAUCUUUUCAGCGCAAAGAGGCUUGAGCGCUGUAGCGAUCCACUCGAAGGCGGUAUUUGCCCGUGCUGUUCGUGGCUAACCGGACUACCUUUCAGCCGCGUGCCGGAGAAAGGUUCUUCGAGGUUGAACGGAUGGGGCGACGUGCACCCUCGCACUCAUGUGUGGCUCUGCUUGCUGUACCACAUCCUGGAGAUCGUUAGCCGCUUUGUCCCCCUCGCCAUGUUGGCAUUGGUGAUGCGUAAGUGGUUUUUCUUGGUGCUGCCGUAUCUGUGGUGGAGCCGGUACGCCGUGAGAAAGAAGGCGGCGGCCUGGACUAGGAAGUCGACGAGAGAAACAGACAAGGCUAGGCCCCGUAAAUCUGUUACAGAACGAGUACGAGUAAAACUGGUCGCCAUGCCCUUCUUGGACUCCGUCAUGGACGGGUCCGCGGCGUUUGGGCUCGGACUGGUGGUGACCCUCGUGGAGUUCAUCGUGUGCGUGGUCAUUUACCACUUGUACAACCACGAUGAUCUUCCCACGAACUUGCGGCUGGGGCUCUAUGUGGUGGCAAGUUCUUGCAUGGUUGGCAAGCUGCUCCUGGCCGCGUUGGCGAUAUUCCCACUCCGUGCUGACGAAGAUGGCCCCGGCAUUUUUGGCAGCGCAGUUGCAAGCAGCAGCGGUUCCGCACUCGGUGGGCCGAGCGAGACGGUUGGCGAUGUCGAUGAAGGAGUUGUAGCAUUGGCCAAUGUGAUGGAGAUAGAUGAGGGUAAGGUUGAUGAGCUAGAACGACCUUCUGGAACCCCGUUGGCGGGUGCAUCUGCUGCUGCAGUCUCCGAAGCGGUUGAGGGGGGACUCGACGGCGACGUUGAGAAUGCGCUGAUUUCUGAGAGGGCACCCUCGGAAGGAAUGCGUCUGCCACCUACCACGCAUGCGUUGUCCACCCCAUCUCCCAACGGUCUCGCUGUGGCGACGAAUGCAGCAACGGGGGAUGCCCAGGGAGACAACGGUGAAGUGGGAGGCAACGGUGACCAGUUGUCGUAGAUGGCUCCUUGGUUUGGAUGACCGUGCGCCUGAUACACUACAUGGUCUUUCUGCAGCCGCGACAAAGCUUCCGGGACCUAUGUUGGCAUAUUUGGCGCAGAGAUUUGGCGCAAGCUCGCUUGCAGUUCAAGUCGACUGGGUACGCCCCGUUGUGACGGCAGCAGCGGCCCGCAGGCGGUAGGUAGGGUGGCCUAGGGGGCGAUGCCGACGGACCGCCCUGAAGAGGGCAUGAGAAAGUGUGACAGGGUGUUGUGAUGACGACAGGGGUCAAGCCCGUGUUCGCUCUUCUGUGUGUGGUGCUGUUGGACGUCACGAUCAGUGAGAAUAUUUGGGUGAUAGGCAAGCAACGCGAGCGGUAGGCAGUGCGGCCAACGGGGCGUGCCAGAGGACUGCCCUGAAUAGACCAUGAGCAAGUGCGACAGGGUAUUUCGUAGCGACUAUAGUCUAACCCGUUUUCGCCUGUGGUGUGUGGUGCUGCUCGUCACCGUCAGUGGAAAUAUUGGCGUUAGGCGAGCAACGCGAGCGGUAGGUACUGUGGCCAACGGGGCGAUGCCAGCGGACUGCCCGAAGUAGAGCAUAAGAAAGUGUGGCAAGGUGUUGUGGAAGGGACUGAAGUCAAGCCCGUGUUAGCUUGUCUGCGUGCUGUGCCGCUGGUCAACGUCAGUGAGAACAAUGAUUUAAGCCAGCAGCGCUCUAGACACGAGCAACACAACGCGAACAAAUAUUUACUUUUGAGUGAAGGCAAGUCAUGAACUGUUGAAACCAGUCGUUCCCAUUUCCUGGGAGCGAAGGCAGUUGUAAUCUGGGAGUGCAGGCAUUCAUUACCUGCGAGCGAAGGCAGAAUAAGGGGGGGCUACAUCCUCGACGCACCGGCUUGGUGCAGACAAGUGGGCCCGAACAUUUUGUGGCUGUUUGGCCAGCCUCAUAUUGGGCACGGUGAUGAUGGCGUUGGUGGGCCUU